UCAACCACGUGGACGCAGCUCAAGACAAGAAACGAAACAACACCUAGUACCUAGCCUAGCCUAGCCUGUACUACAAUCUAGUGAUGAGUAGUCUAACCAGCAGCUCAUAUCAUCACGAUGGAUUGCAGAUCUCCUUUGUGAAGCAGCCUUCUCGAGAGCUCCAGCUAGAGUGUUCUAUUUGCCUGCAACUGCUCACCGACCCAUCUGUCAGCUGUGACUGUGGGAGCAGCUUCUGUAAUCCAUGCAUUGAGUCUGUCAAGAGAAGACAAAAUCCUUGUCCCCUGUGCAACCAACUAUUUACCACUAUUCUCCCCAACAAGCAGCUACAGCGCACCCUCAAUGGGCUAACGAUCCACUGUCCCCACAGGGCGGAUGGCUGCUCCUGGAUGGACGAACUUAGCAAGCUCAAGCAGCACCUCAAUCGAAUGCCAUCUGGCGAGACAAGACUAGAAGGCUGUGGGCACACCGAUGUGUUGUGUCAGUACUGCAAGAAGUUCAUUCUUCGUAAAGACAUCCUUACACACGAAACUGAGACAUGUCCGAAGAAACCGUACGCUUGUCAGUAUUGCGGCCAUUCGUCCAUCUUCGAUGACGUCAGAGAGAACCACUGGCUCGUCUGCCCCAAGCUCUCUGUCCCCUGUCCAUACAAAUGUGGGGAGAGGCCCCAACGUCAGGGCUUGGAGAUUCACGUAAACAAAAAAUGUUUGCUGGUCCCUGUUCUGUGUGAUUUCCGGUACGCUGGUUGUGAGGUGGAGCUAUCUCGACGAGACAUGGCCAAUCAUCUGAGAUAUAGCAUCGCGGAUCACAUGACCUUGAUGUCCCUCAAACACAGAGAGGAAGUUAGCUCAUUGAAGGAAGAGAACCAACUUGUAAAGCAAGAAUGUGCUGAUUUGAAGGCCAGUUUUGAGGCUGAAGUUCUGUUUCUGAAGAUCGAGAGUGAACGGAAGUUGAAUAAUAGCCUCGCAGAUGUGAGAGGUGAUAGCAACAACAGUGUACAGUUUGAUCAGAAAUCAGACACUCCAUCAGAGCCUCCCCAAACUACCGUCGUGUGUGUCCAACCUUCACUGCUUGUGGAACUACUGGUCACUCGCAUGAAGCAACUCAGGCGCCGACGUGUUGAGUGGACUUCUGAACCAUUUUACUCGAGAGGCGGCUACACGAUGGUGCUGGGUGUGUACCCAUAUGGUAAUCAAGGUGGCUAUGGUACUCAUCUUUCUGUGUACAUCUACAUCAUCCAAGGAGAGUAUGACCAGCAACUAAACUGGCCCUUCCUCGGCACGGUGACUAUCACACUAGUGGACCAGAGACUGGGAAGAAACAGAAUGGAUACCUUGUGCUACACUCGUGACAAUAGUCAAGAUGGAGCACGGAGAUACAACAGCACCCUCACCAAUGGAUGGGGAUGGGAGAAGUUCAUUGAAUUGAAUUACCUUUCUUCGUACUAUUUGAAGGACAAUUGUCUUGUGUUCCAAAUUAACGAUAUACAAUACAAGUACAACUGGUGAUUACUAUGUAUCCAAUGUUGUUGUGUAGAUCACAUGUGAUUUGUUAUGAUUGUCAUACAUACAUACUGAUUUGUUCAUGCAUCUUUCAUAGUCACUUCCAUAUAUCACUUAUUCCUCAUGUUCUGAGUUGAUUCACAAUUUCAUUAUCAUUCAUCAAAAUUCUUUUUAUAUAUCCAUGUAGUUGAUUGUUGACAAUAAUAACUUAUUUGAA